GUUUCAUUUGCUUGGAAAGUGAGGCUGGAAAGCAUGUUGUUCGAAGCAAUUUUCAGAGAGCACUUGUAACCGAAGGAAAUAUUAGUUAUGGCAAUGUUAAAAGGUGGCAAUGAACUCUUUGCAAACAUUGAUGAUAAGAUAUCCUCUUCUACAAAGAAGGUAUUGAUGCAAACUAUUGAGUUCAAAGAAGCACAAGAUGCAGAUAAUGAAACUUCAAAAAUUUACUCCAAGUAUAAGCCAAUCAAUGCUGCUUACAGUUUCAAAAAAGCUGAUAAUGUCAGUCAAGUUCAGCGGCAAUUGUCAAAUGAUAAAGAAAAUUCUUUCUGCCCACCAAAAGUUAUCUUGUAUCCUCCAGAGAAGAUUGAAAUGAGUUGGAAAGAAACAAGGAGAAUUGGACCAGGUUUUGCGAAUCUGGGAAAUACAUGCUUUUUGAAUUCUGUUUUGCAAGUACUUACAUACACAGCUCCUCUUGUGAAUUUUGUAAACUCAGAUGCUCAUAGAAAUACAUGUGUAUCUGUUGGCUUUUGCAUGUUGUGUGAAUUCAGAAAUCAUGUGUUGAGAGUAGCAAAGCAUCAUCCACAAAAUGGACCCAUAAGGCCAAUGACUAUUAUUCAAAGGCUUUCUUGUAUAAGCAAAAAUUUUAAGUUUGGCAGACAAGAAGAUGCACAUGAGUUCUUGCGAUAUGUGAUUGAAGCUUUAAGAAAAAGUUGUCUUGUUGGCAAAUCAAACCUUGAUCGUUUAUCAAAAGAAACAACUGCAAUAAAUCAAAUAUUUGGAGGGUUUUUCAGAAGUCAAGUGACUUGUUUAUCUUGUAAAAAGACAUCAAGCACAUAUGAUCCAAUGAUGGAGCUGAAUUUAGACAUCAAGGAAGCUAGCUCAAUUGUUGGUGCUAUGAAGAAGACUAUUAGCACUGAAAAGUUGGAUGGAGAAAAUAAGUAUAUGUGUGAAAAAUGCAAUCGGAAGACACCAGCAUUGAAAAGAUGCAAUAUUCACGUAGCGCCAAAAGUACUGACUCUUCAAUUAAAAAGAUUCGAUUUUCAAAGGCUGUUUGGCGGCAAAAUUUCAAAAGAAGUUCAUUUUCCGGAAACACUUGAUUUGAGUUCUUUUAUGAGCACAAAAUCGGAAACACAGGUUAUGUACAAACUCUUUGCGGUACUGGUGCACUCUGGGAUAUCCUGUAAUUCUGGGCAUUACUAUUGUUACGUAAAAGCUCCAAAUGGUACGUGGUAUGAGAUGAACGAUAGUCGGGUUUCUCAAGUGGGACUACAAACUGUACUCCGUGCACAGGCGUACCUCUUGUUUUAUGCAAUAAGUGGACAACAACAAAGCAAGGCUGUUAGGCGUGAAAUAUCCAGCGUUAAGAGUGCCUAUCUCAACGGACAAGCAGCUUCUAGUCCAGCGCAAAAGAAGAUCCCCUCGAUUCCUAAAGACAUAGGUAUAUCGAUUUCAAGAACAGAGCCUCGCAUUGUUCCACUAGCUGCGAAUCGAGACAAGGUCAAUUUUUCUUUCACGAAAGACAAUGUAAAAGAAAGUAAAAAAUCUCCGGCUGCGUAUCUAUCGCAGCUUAACAAAAAGGAGGAAAAAUCGGAAAAGAAACCUCCUACUGUUUCUCGGUCAAGUUUAGAAGCAAUUAGAAAAGGGUACGACAGUAGUGGCUCGGAUGGUGAUGUUUCUGGUCCUGGAGAAAGAAAGGGUAAACAACUAGAACAAGAAGUGAAAGAUAAAGAAACUAAUAAAAAGGAAGCUAAGAAAGUUGAGCCCACGUCUGUGGCUGCUAAGGAACGCGAAAACGUUGGCACAUUUGAGAGAAAAGGUUCAACUAAAGAGGACAAAAGGGCCACCACUGUAGAGGUGAAGAAAACGGAUAAGGAAGCGAAUGAUGUUAAUGUUUCCAGUACUCCAUUGAAAGAAGCUGAGAAAUCAUUAAUUGACAGACAAACAGUUCUAGAAAGUCCGCAAGAUUUGAUUUCUCCGCCGAAGUCAGCAAACACAGAAAUCCUGCAUCCGAAACGAAAGUUGAAGCUACACUCCGGAACGCCUCUGAGUGCUAAAUUGGGUCGAUGGAUGCCAGUGACAACAUUGAGCAGCAGUUUUACGCCAAGGGCAGUGCUGCAUCGUAGCUUGUCUGAUUCCCGUGCAUUUGAAAAAUGCAAACCAACCGCACGAGAAAUGAGGCAAAAUUCUGUUCAAGAACCAAUCAUGUCACCUACAGGACACGAUAAAUCUGAAAAGUCUAAUCGAUGGAACGUUGAAAUUAAAGCGACACCUCAGAUUCACUAUGGCCCAAUGACCCCACCCGUCAAACCCCUCAAAUCUGAUGAUCUUCUGAGAGAGAGGACAUGCUCUGUGACGUCAGAGACCGGAUCAAUAUCGACCAAGACAGGUGAAUGGGACGUCCAUGAAAAAGAUUUGGAGGAAGGCUGCGCACCCCCUUAUAUUCCAGAGCGACACUUUGCUGGUUGGAGUGUUGAAAAGACAAAUGGAAAAAGAAUCGACAAGGAACACCUAAGAAAUGAAAAUGCAACUCCGGCAUCGAAAAAGACGCUUACAGACAAGUUUGCUGACAAAAGCGAGAAUAAAUUUAAAAAUCGAUCUAAAACGUGCGGUAAUGAGGAAAACGAAAAUGAUAUACCGAGUGGCAGUGACAAUAUUUUUGACGAAAAGUCACAGAGGGGAGGAAAGAAAUCAAAAAAGAGAAAGCACGAGAUAAAGUCGAAAGAUGAUGACGAAACAGGAGCUAGUAGUAAACGCAUGAAAAGGAGACACAGCGAAGAGGGUGAUUCCGAUAGCUACAAACGAAAGCACAGUUCAAAGAAAGCGAAAAAGAAAAAGAAACACCGGCACAAGGAUAGCAAUGAAGAGGAGAGUGACAGGCAGCUGGGUAAAGAUAAAGCUGAAGUUGACGGGGGUUUAAGGGAAGACAGAACUUCUGAUAAGAAACAUCGGAAAUCAAUUGAAGAAUCUGAUCGCUCGUUCAAAGACACGCCAUCUCACUCUAAGUCGAAGAAAGACAGACUAAACUCAGAGGGGAAUGAAGACUUGAGUGAUGAGAAUUCGGAAGAGAAUCGUUCUAAAAAGAAAAAGAGGAAGAAGAGGAAGAAGAAUAAAAAAGGUCACAAAGAAGAAAGCUUCAGUCAAAGUAGAAAUUCGUCGCACAAAACGUCAAUUGAAAAAGACAAAGAAGGUGAAGAUUCAAAAUAUGCUGCUGUGAAGACACCAAGGAGAAUUUCAUUUACUACCAUCAUUGAAAAAGAUGCUCAUUCAAGUAACGGGAAAAAGAAAGAAAAGAAGAAAAGUUCCUCAGGUGAAAGAGAAGAGAGAAAUGGUGGUCUUGAAAAACCUGCGAAAAGCGGCUCGAUUCAAAAAGUGCAGUCCGAUGCACCUGCAAAGAACUGGGAUGAGGCUCCAAAGAAAGCUACCUCUUGGAACGGAUCUAAUGACAAUGCAGUGCUGCACACUCUUUUAUCGAAGAAUUCUCAAGUUGAAACCUGGGAUAAUGAAUCAAGUCAGACAAUGAAAUUUGAAGUGGAAGAUAGCUCGAAAAAAAGACGAGAUCGUUGGGAUGAUGAUUACGAUCAGGGCAAAGUAAAAAAAGCGAAAAAGCACCACAGUCAGGGCCAUUCAAAACAGAAAUCAAAUCUUUUCCAAAGGCUGCAAAAUCGACGCAAUGUGGACAAGAACACAGAUAGAUGAAUCGUGGUGUGUGAAACACAGAAUGAAAUGCACAUUGGAAUAUAGUUUCUUGGUGAAAACUCGUACUUGUUGAGUUUCGUUUAUGGCCAAGAUAUUUUUACUGCGUGCACCAGCAAAGACGCGACUCAUUGCAAUUUUCCUUUGGCUGGAGACCCAUCUAUAGGUAAACCAAAAACCUAUUGUGAAUCAUGCAUUGCGGCAACCAAGGCGGAUUGAUGCGAUUUCACUGCCACCGCCGUUCUACCUGAUCGAUCAGCGUUGUAUAAUUGCAAACUUGUUCAUAUGAGUGACUAAUAGUAGUCUAACGCAACAAAAGUUCCCCUUCUUUUGUAUCUUCUGUGUCAAAUCCAAAUAAACAACUUGAUUUUAAUCUGAAGAUGGUAUCUUUCAAGCUUAACAGGUUUUAAUGUAGAAAUGAAGGUAUUCUUUUAUCUGCUGUAAAUAUGCUAAAAAUAUGUUGUAAUCCAACUAUACCGUCCAUUAUUGAUAUUUUUUCCUGGGCAUUGUCCAUAUUGAUUUGCUUUCGUGUUCAUUUUUAAUUGUGUCAUUUUUUAAAGAUUGAUGUGUCAUUUGAAAUUGAAAUUGAAUGUUACCAAUGAUCUAUCUAUAUCACUGUAUCAUUGAACUGAAUAGCACAAAUGACAAUAUAGGUUUUUAACUAAACCAAAAGCAUACGGAGGUUUCAUUAGGGAAAAUUGGUAUAUUUUAGGUGGGGGCAGUGCCUCUCUUGUGCCUUUAAUUUUAGAUUGCAGGGAAUAUCGGUGCUAUAUAGUUUUCUUUUUGCAACCUUACCGGUAUGCGGAACCUUACGGCGUGAACGAUUUGUAUUCUCAAAGUAACUGGGUUAAACUGGUCCUCGUUGUUAACACGACGCUUUCUGCGAACACGACGCUACUGAGUUUAUAAAGCCUGUAGUUUAACGGCUUAAGAAUUAAUAGCGUCGGAAACCUUUAUUUUUUAAGAAAAAACAAGCCCCAUUGAAAAAUGAAGCGACCAUGAUUGUGAGUCGUAUUUAUAAAAUUUAGCUGUACAUAAGUAGGCCAAACUAGCACAUAUUGUCCUCAAAGGACGCUACAAUCAGAACCUGUUAUCUGCAAGGAUCAGUUAAGGAAGCAGAAACUGAUGUAUACAUCUAGCUUCGUUGUAAUUUAAUGAUAUAUGUAUGUAUUUAAGUGUCUUUCAAAAAAACCUGAAAUUUUGUUUGA